CCGAGUCGCCGGGCUUUACCCGGCUCAAUCCGAGCCCGCGGACUCCAUGUCCUUGCCGCGCUGUUCCCUGCUGUGGGCUCGGCUCCCGGCUGGACGCCGGGCUGGGCCCCGGGCAGCAGCCUGCUCCGCCCUUCGCGCCCACGUUGGGCCCUUGCCUGGGGCUCGGGGGCGCGUUCCCGCCCUAGUCGCCGCCGCCUCCUCCUACUCCUCUUCCUCGGGUGGCUCCAAAGCCCCGAACACAUCCUUGUUCGUGCCCCUGCCUGUCAAACCUCAGGGCCCCAGCGCCGAUGGUGAUGUCGGCGCCGAGCUCACGCGGCCUCUGGAUAAGAAUGAAGUAAAGAAGAUCUUAGACAAGUUUUAUAAGAGGCAAGAGAUUCAGAAGUUGAGUGCCGACUAUGGACUUGAUGCUCGUCUCUUCCACCAAGCUUUCAUAAGUUUUAGAAAUUAUAUUAUGCAGUCUCAUUCACUGGAUGUGGACAUUCAUAUUGUUUUGAAUGACAUUUGCUUCAGUGCAGCUCAUGUGGAUGACUUAUUUCCAUUUUUCUUGAGACAUGCCAAACAAAUAUUUCCUGUAUUGGAAUGCAAAGAUGAUCUACGUAAAAUCAGUGACUUGAGAAUACCACCUAAUUGGUACCCAGAAGCCAGAGCCAUGCAACGGAAGAUAAUAUUCCAUUCAGGCCCCACAAACAGUGGGAAGACUUACCAUGCAAUCCAGGGAUACUUGUCAGCAAAGUCUGGAGUGUACUGUGGUCCUUUGAAGUUACUGGCCCAUGAAAUCUUCGAGAAGAGUAAUGCUGCUGGUGUGCCAUGUGAUUUGGUGACAGGUGAAGAUCGUGUGACAGUUGAUCCGGAUGGGAAACAGGCGGCCCAUGUGGCUUGUACUGUGGAGAUGUGCAGUGUGACAACUCCUUAUGAAGUGGCUGUAAUAGAUGAAAUACAAAUGAUUAGAGACCCAGCCAGAGGAUGGGCCUGGACCAGAGCACUUCUAGGACUCUGUGCUGAGGAAGUCCAUUUGUGUGGAGAAGCUGCUGCUAUUGACCUGGUCACUGAGCUUCUGUACACCACUGGGGAGGAGAUAGAGGUUCAUAAGUAUAAGAGGCUUACCCCCAUUUCCGUGCUGGAUCAUGCACUAGAAUCUUUAGAUAACCUUCGGCCUGGGGACUGCAUUGUCUGUUUUAGCAAGAAUGAUAUUUAUUCUGUGAGCCGACAGAUUGAAAUUCGGGGACUAGAAUCAGCUGUUAUAUAUGGCAGCCUCCCACCUGGGACCAAACUUGCUCAAGCAAAAAAGUUUAAUGACCCCAAUGAUCCAUGCAAAAUCCUUGUUGCAACAGAUGCAAUUGGCAUGGGACUUAAUUUGAGCAUAAGGAGAAUUGUUUUUUACUCCCUUAUAAAGCCCAGUAUCAAUGAAAAGGGAGAGAAAGAACUAGAACCAAUUACCACCUCGCAAGCCCUUCAGAUUGCUGGCAGAGCCGGUAGAUUCGGCUCACAUUUUAAAGAAGGAGAGGUUACAACAAUGCAUCGUGAGGACCUUGGUCUAUUAAAGGAAAUUUUGAAUAAACCUGUGGAUCCUAUACUGGCAGCUGGUCUUCAUCCAACUGCUGAGCAGAUUGAAAUGUUUGCCUACCAUCUCCCUGAGACAACGCUGUCCAACCUCAUUGAUAUUUUUGUAGACUUUUCACAAGUGGAUGGACAGUAUUUUGUCUGCAAUAUGGAUGACUUUAAGUUCUCUGCAGAGUUGAUCCAGCAUAUUCCGCUAAGUCUACGGGUGAGGUAUGUGUUCUGCACAGCCCCCAUCAACAAGAAGCAGCCUUUUGUCUGCUCAUCACUGUUACAGUUUGCCAGGCAGUACAGCAGGAAUGAGCCCCUGACGUUGGCAUGGUUACGCCGAUACAUCAAGUGGCCCUUACUUCCACCUAAGAAUAUUAAAGACCUCAUGGAUCUUGAAGCUGUCCACGAUGUCUUUGAUCUCUACCUGUGGCUAAGCUACCGAUUUAUGGAUAUGUUUCCGGAUACCGGCCCUGUUAGAAACCUCCAGAAAGAACUGGAUGCCGUUAUCCAAGAUGGCGUGCACAAUAUCACUAAACUGAUUAGAAUUUCUGAGUCACACAAGUUUUUGAAUCUGGAGAACUUGCCCUCAGGGAUCCAGAUGCAUAUGUCGGGAACCCUAAAGAGCCAGACAAGAAGGACACGCAGCACCAAAAGUGUGGGGACUAGACCUGAGGCUCCCUUGGACCCCAGCACUGGGGAGCUGCCCCUGGCCUCCAGAUUGGUUCAGCAGGGACUCCUUACCCCAGACAUGCUGAAGCAGCUCCAGAAAGAGUGGCUGGCACAGCACCCUGAACAGGGCAAAGAAAAAACAGGGACGCGAAGAAAGAAGAAGGACCCCAAUUCCGACUAGAUUUUUUUUAAUUUCUAAAAUAAAAACUGACUUUAAA